GCAUUCCCCAUGAGGGCGGAGUAUAAUGCAAUCUCGAGUGCAGAGAACUUUGCAUGGUUCUUCUUAUGAUAUUGGAUGGCUGCAAUCAGCUCCUGGUAUGGCUCCUGUAGAGGAUGGUACAGCAAGAUUCUUGGAAUUGCUUGAAGGUAUAAGAAAUGGAGAGCACAGACUACCUGACUCAUUUGUCUAUCUAUUAAUUCCAGGCUUUUUUAGCAAUCAUGGUCCUUUGUAUUUUGUGAGAACCAAGAGAUUCUUUUCAAAGAUGGGACUAGCUUGCCAUAUUGCAAAAAUUCACAGUGAGGCAUCAGUGGAGCACAAUGCAUGGGAACUGAAGCAAUACGUUGAGGAACUUUACUGGGGCUCUGGCAAAAGAGUUAUUCUGCUUGGGCAUAGCAAGGGUGGUGUGGAUGCUGCUGCGGCUCUGUCCAUUUACUGGUGUGACUUGAAAGACAAAGUUGCUGGAUUGGCAUUUGUGCAGAGCCCAUAUGGUGGAACCCCUGUGGCCUCUGAUAUUCUUCGUGAAGGCCAGAUUGCAGACAAAGAAACCCGAAGAAUUACAGAGUUUCUGAUAUGCAAGCUAAUUAAGGGCGACAUACGAGCACUGGAGGAUCUCACAUACGAGAAGCGAAAGGAAUUCAUAAUGAACCACAAGCUCCCCACAGACAUUCCGCUGAUCUCUUUCCACUCUGAAGCGAGUAUCACUCCUGGUGUCCUCGCCACAAUGUCUCACAUAGCUCAUGCAGAACUUCCAUGGCUUCCUCUCCCAAAAUUUAUUAGUCAAGAAUCUGAUGACUUUGUUGCAGCAGGACGGCAGGUGCCUGUGGUGAUUCCUAUAUCUGCUGCAAUGGCAGUGUGUGCACUCCACCUGCAGCUCAGAUACGGAGAGAAGAGUGAUGGAUUAGUAACUUGCCGAGAUGCUCAAGUUCCUGGUUCAGUCGUCGUGAAACCAAACCGGAAGCUGGAUCAUGGAUGGAUGGUUUACUCUUCUUCAGAAAAGAGGAAUCCUAAUGAAGCUGAUUGUUGUGAAAUGUGUGAGGCUCUUUUGACUCUGCUUGUGGAGCUUGGGGAUAAAAUGCAAGAAGAGAUGGUUGAGAAGUAGUCCAUAUGUUAGAACAUUGAUUUUUUUUUUUAUCAUCUAUAUUACUCUUUAAAAGUAAAGUGAAGUCCUUGAAAAUAAGAUUUAUUAUAACAUGUGUGUUUUUUC